GGGACUUGCUCCUGAAACGAGGCUUUGGAUCUCAGUGGGUGGGGGGGGGCUCCAGGUGGUAGAUUCCCAGGAGGUGAUUCUUGAAGAGAGCCCCCCAGCCUCUGCCACCCAUGGACACAGCCCCCCUGCGGCGUGGAGCUGACACAAAGCGGAGGUCGACAUGGGAGCAGGAAUGUGACAUGGUUGAGCGGAUUAUCUGCUGCCAGCCAACCCAGCCAGCUUUUGUGAGAGGGGGCUGCUCUUAGCUCAACGACACCACCCCGUCUUCCAGACUCAAGAACGGGAGGGGAGGGGGCAAGGUGUUCCCCCAGCUUCGGCCAUGGGGAAGUCCAACAGCAAGCUGAAGCCAGAGAUGGUGGAGGAGCUGACCAGCAAGACCUACUUUACAGAGAAGGAAGUGCAGCAGUGGUACAAGGGCUUCAUCAAGGACUGCCCCAGUGGCCAGCUGGACGCCGCCGGCUUUCAGAAGAUCUACAAGCAGUUUUUCCCCUUUGGAGAUCCCACCAAGUUUGCUACAUUCGUAUUUAAUGUUUUUGACGAGAACAAGGGGAGUUUCAGGUGUCAAAUUAUACAGAUGGGGCCUGUACAUCUACAAGGAUGUGGAUUGUGGGAUCAGAAGGGGAGAGAGUCGAGGGUAAUACAGGACGGACGGAUCGAGUUCUCGGAGUUCAUCCAGGCACUGUCCAUCACCUCACGGGGCACCCUGGACGAGAAACUACGAUGGGCUUUCAAACUCUACGACCUUGACAAUGAUGGCUACAUAACACGAGACGAGAUGCUGAACAUAGUGGACGCCAUUUACCAGAUGGUGGGGAACACUGUGGAGCUGCCAGAGGAUGAGAACACACCAGAGAAACGCGUGGACCGCAUCUUCGCCAUGAUGGACAAAAAUGCAGACGGCAUGUUGACACUGCAGGAAUUUCAGGAAGGCUCAAAGGGCGACGCCUCCAUCGUUCAGGCCCUGUCGCUGUACGACGGCCUGGUCUAAGGGUCUGGGCACCUGCGGUCUCCCAUACUGUCCCAUCCAGUGCCAUCACGCUAAUUCUGAGAAAAAUCCACUGACCUCCACCCUUCCCUGCUACAGAGGAGUAAGGUGGGGUGUAUUUUGGGAACCGCCAUGUUGAGCCUAAGCUUGUCAAACACUCAUCUUCAUGUUCGCCAAAAAGUCAUUUAAAAAAGAACAAAAUAAAAUAUGAAUACAGCAUUUUUAAGAGAUGGGACAAGGAGCUGCUCUGUGAUGUCCUGCGGGCAAGUGGAACGGGGGAGAGAGAAAGACAACAUGCCGCCCAGGGGCAUUCUGGGAGCGCUGUCACCUAUUGUCAUGGCAACUACCUAGCCAAUCGAAAAGCAGACCGGAGCUGAUGGUUUUCUCACGUUUCUUCAUUCAUGGAAGCUUGUUGACUUUCACGUUUCGAGCUGAAGAUCAGUGUGGUUUUCAAAUAGUCUUUUCCUUUUUUUUAUAUAUAUUGAUCACAGCUGCGUGGACUUCUAAGUGUGCAAGAUCUCUUCCAGCUAUGCUAUAAAUUGCUUGCCUCUCAUGAACAGUGGCAGUUCUGCUUGUCUGUCUGUCUUGAUGAUAUGUAGCUUCUGUUUCUUAUUUUAUCUGCAUUAUUUUUUCUUAUGGUCCCACCAGCAUAGACCCUCCUGCCAAGCGGGGGUGGGGGUUGAGGUCUCCAUCCAUUUAAAGGGGUCCAGGGAGUUGUAUUAGCUGGUUUUGAUUAUGCGCCCAUGCCUCUGCUGUGCCCCACCCACCUCUGAAUGCCCUGCACAGGGUACUUAGGCAGCCAUUAAGGCCACAAUCACUUUUCCUCAUGCUGUUGUCCUGACCGCCAUCCCCGAAAUAAAAAGGACCAGAGUAACAGGGGCGCGGCUGCGUAGACUAAGCUGGCAAAACAAACCUUUUUGUUUUGGAAAAGCACUGCAGUCAUGUGGUAGUCUGGAGGUUUCACUGACGCAAAAAUUCACUGUUUUGCUGUCCUUUCUAGACAUUGGAGAUUUUAGAUCUGCUGAUAUAGGUUUGUUGUUAUAGAUGCAGUGUCCUGCCCAUUUAUAUGGAAAAAACUUAAAAGCCACUACACCUGAUCUUUCAUACAAGUCAUACAGAUCCCCACACUGCCUCUUUUGUUAGUCUGUGAGGGAGUGUCGAGAGUCUUUUGAUGAAAUUCCAGUGCUGUGGAAGAGAUCCUGUUCUCAUUUGCAAAAGAAAUUUCACAGAAAUUUGUCUGUUGCUGUGAUGGCGGGGGCGGGGGCUUUCGUCAAACCCUCCCCAAGGUAAUUAGGGAGGCGGGGCUUCAGCGCAGGCAACAGACCAUUCACAGAGCAGCCCAUGGUCAUCUCCACAUAUGCUGGUGCACUGGAUUUGUCCUGCAGGAAAGUAAACGUCCAGGCAGUGGUACAAGGGAUGUUCUUUGGAUCUACUUGCUGGAUUCCUCAUAAGGAGACACCUUGAUGAGCCAGACCUUGGAACUGUGAGGAAUGUUUACACUGAGAGCGGACGGAACAUGAGAAUUUCCACGUUCAAGAUCCUCAUGCUGACUGUCAUUGGCUGUGCCAUGGCUGUACUUUUUGUUUUGAACGCUAAAAUGCAUCUUUUUGAUAGUGCUGCGGUCCUUUGGGAAAAGCCCAGUGCGUUUCCUGUGCCGGACCUUCGUGACAUCAGCGUGACCACAGGAGCAAUAUUAAGUGUGAGAAAUUCCACGGCUCUCCUUGUGUCGGCCUACCUCGACGAGCGCUUCUCUUCCAGAACCGUACGCAUCAUCGCCAUCGUGAAGAGAUCCCAAGUGCCUCAAUUCUACUGCCAGUUCUACAACAGUUCGUGGCUUGUCACCGUUAGGGCCAAGGUCUUGAUUCACCCUGACCACUUCUCCUUCCCUUACGGUACUGCAUUUAUUAUGUGCCAGAUGCCAAACAAGGCUGAAGUCGCUCCUUACGUCAGUGUUACCACAACAAUGAGCCCAAAAUCAGCUGGCCCAUUCCUCCGUAUCCGCCCAGUCAGUCGAGGCAGGUCACUGACCUACCCCCGCCAGUUCUCUGUGUGCAUUUCCACCUUAUAUGGGAACUACAGCAAUAUCCUACAAUUCGUGCAAUCAUUGGAGAUGUAUCGGAUCCUCGGUGCCCAAAAAGUGUUUGUCUACAAGAGUGACUGCAGCCCCAUGCUUCAGAGGGUAUUGGACUUCUAUGUUGCUGAGGGCUUCAUUGAAGUCAUUGCUUGGGACAUUCAGCAUUACCUCAGUGUAUCGAGGAGCUGGCUGCCAUCUCUGGAUCCUGGACAGUUGCAUUACUAUGGGCAGGUCGCCACCCUGAACGACUGUGUGUACCGCAAUAUGCCAGAGAGUCGUUAUGUGGUCCUGAAUGACAUCGAUGAGGUUGUGGUGCCCAUCCUGCACCACGACUGGGUGGAGAUGAUGAACGCACUUUCCUCAGCCCACCUCGGAGUGGAAAGCUUCCAGAUUGAGAACAGCGUGUUCCGUACCAGUGUGACUGGUGACACGGGGGAGUUUAACCUUUGGGGCCAGGUGCCCGGGGUCAACGUUCUGCAACAUGUACACCGUGAGCCCUACCGGAGGUUCACCUUCAAUGCAUGCAAAAUGAUAGUGAACCCACGUGCUGUAGUGUGGACCUCCGUGCACAAAGUGUCUUGGCAUGUUGGAGCCUCCAUGUGGGUUCCUGCCUCCGUCGCACGGCUCCACCACUGCAGGACAGACGAUGACAUGAAGGUGAGGGAGAAAGACCUAAUCAGGGACACCACAAUCUGGAAGUAUAGCUCCUCUCUCAUUAAGAACGUCAACCAUGUCCUGAAAGAGGCUCUCUGACAGGAAUAGAUAGAGAACCAUAAAUCAGGGGCUGGAGAUUACAACAUAGCCCAACAAUUUUUUUUAUUAUUUUUUCCUCAAAGUGUAGUUACUGUAAUUCAAAAAGCACUCGUUUACAGGUAUAAUUUAAAUAGAGACGUCUUUUGAAAUUUGCUUUGCCUGUCUGACAGAAUGUUGCCUGAUUGUGGACUGGCGUUGUGCUACAGGAUAUUUGUCUGAAAUUGUUUCCUAUGUAUUCCUCCGUACAGCAGAUGUCGCUAUUUUCAAAAAAAAGAAAAAAAAAUUUAAAGUGGCAUAUUGGAAUCUGACACCUCAGAAGAUGUAUUUAUUAGAUAAUUCUUUUUUGUUAUUGGGUGGAGUGUUGGCUUUGAGGCUAGAAAUCUGUGCCAGUAAUCAUAAGGUUGCAUGUUUGAAUCCCAUGAAUGCCAAGAGUGAUCCUACUCCUUGAUCCUUGAGCAAGGCCCUUAACCUGCAGUUGCUUCUUCUUGGGUAUGAUGUUAAUCUACAUCCAGCCCUGCAAGCAGGUUCUCCAACUUAUAGUGAAAAUUUGGGGGUUGGUAGCAGGAUUGGCACUCCAGCCACUGUAAAAAAACUCACACUGUUCCAUUCCAUUCGGACUGGUAUGGUGCUGAGGUAGCAGCCACUGCAGGGCUGCACUCAGGUUCUGCCUGAAGUGUCUUGUCAUGGGUACAGCGAUGCAACCUCAGCGCCCAGUUCUUACUCCUUUUUUUGUGGGCACAGUACAGCAGUAUGAACAAUACAAGAUUGUUUGCUCAGUUAUCCUCAACCUUGACUGAGAUGGGAAAAUAUGCAAAUGCUUUCUGAUAACUAGAGAAGACUAAUGUUCCGAACGGCACAUUACACUGUACGUAUUCAUGGCUGCUUCAUCGAACUGUUUCUUUAAUGUUUAUAAAUUAGAGAAUGUUAUUUAAGCAAACUCGUUAAAAGAAACUAUUCUGAUAGGGAAACGUGCAAAUGCAUGUCAAUACGGCUAAUGGUGCAGUAUUUGCCUGAGGGCGGUGAAAACACGCAGCGGUUUUUACAUCGCAAAUGCACAGUUGCAAACAACAGUCAGUUUCUUCAAAUUUAAUAAAGUUUCCAUUAAUCCGGAACCAACAGCUGACUUGUAAGCUCAUUUUACUGGCAGUUACACAGUCCUGUCUUUCUAGAAUACAAGUGCUUUGGACUUGUCGAGAAUGUAACGUCUGUACUGGCAUCUGAGCGGAUUGAUAUGUUGCGUAAGAUCAUUACUGAUUUUAAAAGAAGGGGUGACAUUUUAUAUUCAUGUUGGUCACUUUAUUUUCUUAUUAUUCCUGUAUAAAAUGAUACUGGGUCAUAUGGAAUAAAAGCGGCCAAUGGCAUUUGGUGUGGAAGUGGGAAGAGGGAAUGUGGUCUCCGAGGGGGGGGGGGGAUUUAGGCACAGGCAAAAUGGGCAGCCGCCCGUGGUAGCAUCUUGUUGGGGGUGGCACUGGGCGCCCUGAUCAAAAGAAAAAAUUGAUUGUGACAUUUACACAAUCAAUUUCCCGUCACUCAUUUGCACGGCAUGUCAGUAAUAAUCAUAUCAUCAUGUGGGUCGAUUAACCUUGUUGGGCUUGGCGCCCUGAUUCUAGUUUGUGGGUCAGACAGGCUGCCACUCAGAAGUCCAAGACGGUAUGAGUUGAUAUGAGGGUGGUAACCAAAGGUUAUAAAUCAAGUGAUCAUUCAAGAGAACUUUGUGCAUUGCCCACAAAGAUAUAGUAACUAGGAUUUGAGGACGUUAGCCGCUAGUUAAUUGUAGCAUAACUGUUGCCACGGCACAUAGCUUAUCUGCCUACCAGGCAAAUUAGCCAAAAAAAGGUGAUUAGCCGUGGGCGGUGUAGCUGAGAGCAGGCCGAGCGGGAUUUGACUGGAGGUGCAUGCAAAUAUGGGUUUUAUAUUUGUUUUUUUUUUUUUUCAAUGAAAUGCUGAAUUAAAGUGUAAGGUUUUCUUGUUUAUAAAUGGCAAAUAAGAGUUUCACAACUUUUUUAUUAAACUAUAUAGAUAUUUUUUUAAAGACACAUUUCAAAUUCCUCUGGCACGUGUUUCAGUGGCAUCAGGUUGAAUAUGUUGGAAUUUCCAAAAAUGUUCUUUAUAUGCAGGAUCUCCUGGGCUAAAAUGAUUCUAACUAUAUUGGUCGAGAUUUUAACUAUAUUAGUUAGAACCCUUCCAGCCUGAGCAGAAGGCGUCUCUAAGGCAGCCGUUUUCAGCCUAUCAUUCGCGACCCAAAUUUGUGUCACAAGGCAGAUCUGGAAAUGUAAGCAUUUUGAAACCGGCAAGCUCAUAUGCUGAUCCACGAUCAGAUAUACCAGCCCCAAUCCUAGAAUUAACCUAUAAAAACGGGUCUUUGGUCUGCAAAUGCUUAGUGGAAAACUAACGAACACUCAACUAAUCCAAGAAGCUAAACCACAGAUACUUAAUGUAAAAUUCACUGGUAUCUCAAAUCACAUUUGUGCGUCUGGCAUUGAUUGGCGUAAAAUGCAGAGGGCACUGAGUGUUUGAUCAUAUCGUUAAUUUAAACAUACGUGAUAUAGGGUCUCGCAUGGUAAAUUGGGUGCAAAAAAAACACUGGUUCAAGGGUUGUUUGUCCUGCUUUAUGCAUUUAUAUUUAAGAUUCUGCUUAUAAAAAUAUUAGCUACUCGUUUGUUGGGUUUGGAUAAAUAAACAUCACUCUACAAAUGGGGGUUUUCUGGCGUAAAGAGCAGCAGAUGGUUUUGAAGUCUCUAGGCCUAUUUCUGAUUUGACUUGAGUUAUACUUUUAAGAUAAAUUGGCUGAAGAACUGUUAGAAUAUUCCUGCUUCGUUUCAGUAUUUUAUACCACACAACAUUUUAAAAACGGUUGUUUGUUUGCACUUCCUGUCAUCAUGAGAACAUCUAAUCAGCGCGAUGCCUAUUAUAUAUUUUUGUAGAUUUUAUCAACAGGCUGCUUUGACAUGGAACUCCAAAAUGUUCGUGAUUUGUGUUGUUCAUAAAUUUUCUCUACAUGUUUUUCGUAUUAAGUCUGUGAAUUAUAUAUAUUUUAAUUAUAUUUACUGUUGAAAUUCUGGAAGAUUUUAAUAACUAUCGAUGUUGAUAGAAAUUAUUUAUUUUGUUAAGGAUUGAAACACAAUGUAAAUGUUAAUCAAUGGACUCCUACCGAGUAACAUUUGAUUGCACUCAAAACCGAAGGUAAGAGACACGUAUAGUGACGUAUAGUGGACGUUAGCUGACGUGUUUUACAACGCGUGCCGCAUGCUGCAAGAACCAAAACAAACCCAUUGCGCUAUAAUUGUAGAAGUUUUGCUAAAUAUGUGUGAUGUUGUGUCUUGCGUCCUCACUGGGACGACACCCGGACGUAAUCUGUAGUAUAAAGGAGAAUUUCAGUGACUAAAUGUAAGAUUUAAAACCCUUUUGUUGUGUAUUUCAAAGAACAAAAUUAAAAACGAAAUAAUAGUAAUUAAUAGGGAAUUUGUAGGGAUUAUAACAUGAGAAAACAAAAUAGAAGACAACAAAACAACAAUUUAAUAUAUUUUAUGUAUUUGAUAGAACUUCCAUAGGCACACUGACAUCGUGAAAUAUUUAUUACAAAAAACAAUAUCCCCACUAGGGGGCGACAAAGAAAACCUUUUAGACAAAUCCAUUUUCACCAUAAAUGUCAAAGGGACACUCUCAGUGCCAAACGGUUAUGCUGAUCAUCAAAGACUGCAAACAAUGGUUCAAGUGGUUGUCUAAAGUCUAAAGUGUGAGCAUAUAGUACCACACUCAAGAGAAAACAGCAGGACUUCCCAGGAGAUGUUCUAAAGCAAUUACGGCAGAUAUGUAGUGCAGGUAUCUUCAUGUUCAUACCUAAAAAAGGUAGGAUGCAGCCUUUCUUCCAUAACACUUACAGUACCAGCGACUUGUCACUUAUCGUGUCACCUUGGACUCAUCAGUGAAAACCAAACUAGUUUGUUUUAGACCCCACCCAUGCUGAGGUUUUUGAAAAGCUAAAGUGAAUCAGGCCAUUUACACACAAACACCCAUCUGGUCUGAAACCCGAACGAGGCAUGAGGCUCUCACCCCGAGCAGACAAGAACAGCCCGUUGCAUAAUCGUGUCUGCUAGGAGCUGUCGUAUGUCCAGUCGCUUUGGCCUCUUCCCGCGCGGAGAAAGUGAGUAAUAUAACCUCAUCCAUUUGGCGCAGAGUGAAGGAGUUUCUUCCUCUGCGUGAGAGAUGUGUCGUCUGAACACAUGGAGCGUACAGCACAACCCUGGGCCCUUAUGUAAUGGGAAGGCAGUGCGACGAGGAAAUACGGUGAGCUCUGGCAACAUCCAGCUGGGCAGCAUGGUGCUUUACGCUGCUGGUCCAGUGUCUGGAGGGCAGAAAUGGUGCAUUAUCUUGUACCAUCCAUCUUCUGCUCUCAAUAUUCUAAGGCAGGGGGUGAUACAGGGCAGGGUGGCAAACCUUCACAUGCAUGCACCAUUCACACCUACAGGCAGGUUGAUAAUGCCAAUUCACUUCAGCGUGCUUUAGGGCUGCGAGGGGAAACUGGAGGAAACUGCACGACAACGUAGGGAGAACAUGCAAACUCCACACCCAUGGAGCCAUAGUGGACUCACACCCUGGUCCCAGGGGUGUACAGUGACAGUGCUGACCACUGCAGCACUGCACUACCUCUUACUGUAGCACCCAAUGAGGAAGAUGUCGAAGAAACAGAAAAUGCUGAGCUAUUCUUGUCAUUCAAUGACAAGAAUCAAUAUAUAAUAAUAAUAAUAAUAAUAAUAAUAAUGUGGACCAUGGGACUGAAAUCAUGCUGGCAGACAAAGUGAUUUUUCUGGUAAAACACUUCAGUGGCACAAUGUCGUGUUGAGCUGGGAUGCGUUGUCAGUGUGUUUGUGAAACUUUUUACCUACUCCUCAGCAGAUGAUGGUCUUUUUGUAACCAUGGCAACCAUGCUCCCCGCCGUCUUGGCCGGAAGAUGAGUGACAUCUGCUCCUGCCUCAGCGUCAGGGGCUGCUGGUCAUUAGAAGCCACCGUAGUGACUGGCGAAGCUGUGAGCCAGAUUAGCGCAGAGCAUCAAGGCUAAACUCACGGAAGAGGUUGAUCCGGCGCGUCAUCGGUACCACGCCCCCGUCACUGAUAGGUCGACAAACCCAUGUCCAUCUGGCUCAAGAUGAGAUCAAAUGAGACUUUAUUGAAGCUUUAUUUAUCUCCGAAGGGGAAAUUUGGGUGGUGCAGCAGCCAAUAAAGAACAGAAAUAAAGUGCAGCAAUUUCUACCAAUAAUCAAUUAAAAAUAGAAUUAAAAAAUAACUAAAAGUAGUAGGUUGUACUUACAAUGUAAUGCACCAAUGAAUAGAGUAGAAUAUAAAAACUGUACAGGUUGUACAUUCAUGUAUACAUUGGAUUCUGAUGUUGCACAUACAUAUUCUUACAUAUAAUUGUUACCAGGCUUUGCACAGUGUAAUGUAAUAUAGUGAUUCAGGCUAAGAUUGUGGACUAAGAUGGCAGCCUGAAUGGUUGCCUUGCUGGGUCGGUGCAUGUUGUUUUGUGUUGUUUUCUUUGUUACUGUUGUGUUUUUGUGUUGCAACUCUAUCCCCAUUACGCUAUGCAUAUUAUCUUUGCCCCAGUCCGCCUAACCAGCUGGCUGCUUCAUCGCUCUAUGCACAUUAUCUAUGUGAGGCACAUGAUUUUAUUUUAUGUUUUAAUAAAUAAUUUAUUCUGUU